CAGUUUCGUUACCCAGCGGAUCCGGGUAGGAUCUGGAUCCUUGCCUAAAAAACGGAUCUGGAUCCUAGAAGAUCCGGUCCAGAUCCUACCCGUUGCCAUCCCUGACUCACGCAUGUACAACUUGCGAUUUUGCAACUGGUGCUUGGCGCGAAAUCUUCACGAAUAUCAACGUUGUCCUCGAAAAAAGGGGAAAAUCUAAUCUUAAUUUAUUCUAUUUUUUUAGGGGAAUUGGCUUUCACAGAAUUUAUUACUUGAUCAAUGGAUUGUGAGACUGAGUUUGAAAUGGGUUUGAAGAGCCAAUUAUGUAAGCGGCUUAAAUCUAAGGAAGAAGUAGAACAAACUGACAGAAUUAGUGAUUUACCGGAUCAUAUUAUUUGUGAUGUUCUUUCUUACCUUACAAUGGAGGAAGUAGUAAGAACUAGCAUUUUAUCGUCAAGAUGGAGGUACCAUUGGAAAGGAGUAACUAGUAUACGUUUGUGGGGCAGUAAUUCUGAUCCUAAUAGUUUUGCAAACUUUGUGGAGCAUGUACUUCAAAAUUGCAACUCUACAAACUUGGAGGUUUUUAAUCUUUCAUGUCCUGUUAGAAUAGAUUUACCCCGUCUAAACACAUGGAUUCGGUAUGUACUAAGCCUCAACAUUGGAAAGCUGAGCCUCUAUGUGAAUCAUAGACCAUUUGAGUUGCCUGAAUUUCCGUUGCCAAUAUGCAAUCUUACUUGCAGCAGUUUAGUAUCCCUUGAUCUUAGAUCAUGUUUUGAUAUUCAGAUACCUGAUUCAGUUGUAUGUUUUCCUCAUCUCAAGUCACUAGAUCUUAAUGUCAUAUUCCCUAACAAUCUUGCUGUAUUACAUCGCCUCUUGUCCUGCUGUCCACUGUUGGAAAGACUUAGGUUAUGGUGUUAUCUUGAUGACCUCGAAGUACUAAAUUUGGAUAUUUCAGUUCCUACUCUGAAAAGAUUGGACCUGUGGCUGCAGGAAGAAGGGUAUGCUGUAAUUAGAAACUAUGAGAUUAUCAUAAACACGCCCUAUCUUGAGUAUCUCUCAAUACAUGAUAAUUCUUUGGCUCACUAUGUGUUGAAUAAUCUGUACGGCCUUCGUGAUGUGCACAUUGGUUAUCUCACCCAAAAUUAUGGAGAUAUAGAACCUUUGCAUGCCAUCAGACUGCUUGAACUCUUCCAUGGGAUCCGUUCCACUGAUAUCUUGACACUGCAUCCUGAUACUUUAAUUGUUCUUGAAUCAGCUCUCAGCUAUCCAUGGCCCACGUUUCGUUAUGUGACUAUGUUGAUUGUCAGUCCAAGUUCAUCUUCAGCCUGGACCUGUUUGGCGUUGCUGCUCCAGAGCACUCCCAAUUUAGAAGUUCUAAUUCUGGAUCAUGAUGAGAUCAAUGAUCUUAGAAUCAAUGAUGAAUUAUACGCCUGGAAUCCACCGGAAAGUGUUCCUAGUUGUUUGUUGGAGCGACUGCAAAAAAUAGGCAUCAAGUCCUUUUGGGGAAAAGAAGAUGAAGUAGAAGUUGUGGAAUAUUUAUUGAACCAUUGCCAGGUGUUGGAGUUGAUGAUAAUAGGUUUCUUCUCUAAUAAAAAGGAUGAGAAAGUGGCAGAGAAGUUAUUGGCAUUUCCAAGAGCAUCAAGCACUUGUGAUGUUCAAGUUUAUGAGCACUUCUGGUUCGAUUCUUUUAUCUGGUUAUUGACCUCCUUGUUUUUCAGUGUCAGCAGUCAAAUUUGAGUGUGGAUGCCAUUGGAAUUAUAUUACAGUUCAAAAGGAGGAGACAUUUUGGACAUAAAUUUGCAGCUUUAUAAUAUGGAGGAGUAAUGUAAUCUUCUGAUAAUGAUAAGGAUGUGCAUACGGACUGCAGAGUUUCAAAUGGCAAGGGAAGAUGAGCUGUUAGGUUUCAUAGCUUUGCUUCUGGAUGAUUUAAAGUUGUUUAAAGUUGUUCUUCCUCUGUUCUUGCUGUUAACAGAUUUAACAAUCUUCCUAUUCUACAUUAUGGAUGACUGAUUGGCAUACAGUUUAGCAGGUCACUAAUCAUGUCGUGAGCACGGACUGUUCUAAACUUCUAACAGGCCUAGGUGAAGCUGUCAGCACCAGAUAUCUGUCGGUCUCUUGAACACCGAUUUUCACGAUCAAGUUUGAAUUCUAGUCGCAGUCUACUUGUUUGUUGAUGAUGGUAUCAACCAACCAAGUUCUCAGUUUCAGUCAUUUAGAUAGAAAACUGCAUACAAUGCUUGAUUCCGCAAUGUAGUAAAUUGAAUUGUAGUGACAUUGUUUAGAUUCAACUUAAAAGCGACUACGUAAUUUAGAGGGUGUUUAAUUCAUACCGUUCCUAUUUUUAUUUGAUCCA